AGAAGAGAAACGGCGACGGCGGCGAGAUUCACCUCCUUCGUCGUGCUCGCUCUCCGUUGACUCUGGACACGACGCCGACAGUGAUCGGAGAAGGGAAACAAGGAGGGAGUCAAUUUCGGUGCCAUUGAAAUCGUGGGUGGUCGCCAGCGCAAUGGCAUUGACUCGGCGGCGCUACUGGGCCAUGGCAGUCGGCUCGGUGAUCCUUAGGCUCCUCUUCAUUUGUUUCUCCGAGGAUCUCAACCUUGGAUUUCGCCCUGAGGUCGCCACUCCUGUUACUAGCCUUCGACGCUUGGCGGAGGGUUACUGGCUCAAAAACUCGUCCAUGUCCCCGUACUCUGGAUCUAUGUACCAUGGUUCUCCUUUGCUAUUACCAGUUCUUGGGCCAUUAACUGUUAACAGAGUCAAAGGGCUGCCUGCACACCUUUUUUGCAGUUUGAUUUUUGUCAUUGUAGAUUUUGUAACUGCAAUGCUUAUCCGUGCAACUGGUCAGAAACUCAUGUCAACGUACCAUCGAAGUCUGCAACUGCUGAAUCUUUCUUGUGUACAAGAAACAGCGGGACACACACAUGUUGGAGAUUUAGCCUCUCUCAUUUUUCUCUGGAAUCCCUUUACAAUAAUCACUUGUGCUGGGUCAUCCACUUCUCCAAUUGACAAUUUGAUGAUUGUGUUGUCUAUAUAUGGUGCCUGUUCAGGUCUAUCCUCCUUGGCUUCUUUUGGGUGGGUUGUUUCCACACAUCUAUCUCUGUACCCAGCAAUCCUUGUUAUACCUGUCAUCCUUCUCCUAGGAUAUGGUCCAGAUGCUCCUCCUUCGAAGUUGUUUUUCCUUAAAAAAUCUAAUGAAAGUGGUGGCAGUUGUCCAAAGGAUAAGACAUGCAGUGAACAAAAAAGUAAAGAGGAAAGCCAUAUUCGCAAUUUCUGUUGGAGGCCUGUUUUGUUCUUCAUACUGUGGUCUUUGAUCUGGUCAUCUUACAUACUGUUCUUGAGCUUCAUUUCCCUCAAGGAAUUUGGUGGCUUAUCAGAAAUGGUUAAAAAGACCCAUGGAUUUAUUCUCAAUGUGGAAGAUCUCUCACCAAACAUUGGUGUGUUUUGGUACUUCUUUGCAGAAGUCUUUGAAUUUUUCAGAUCCUUCUUUCUUAUUGUGUUCCACAUAAACAUCCUAUUUAUGCUGGUACCACUGGUCAUUCGCCUGAGACACCGGCCAUGUUUUCUUGCCUUUGUGUAUAUAGCCAUUAUGUCAAUGCUAAAAUCAUAUCCUUCGGUUGGAGAUUCAGCUCUUUACUUAGGUCUUCUUGGCCUUUUUGCCAAUGAACUAGCAGAAAUGCGCUUUUCUUUCUUCCUAUUGUGUGGUUAUGUUGGAAUAUCCCUCCUAAGCCCUGUUAUGCACAACCUUUGGAUUUGGAGGGGGACAGGCAAUGCCAAUUUCUAUUUUGCCACCGGCAUAGCCUAUGCUUCCUUACAGACUGUCUUGAUCGUAGAAUGUGUAAGCACCAUAUUGAAGCAUGAUAGGAUGUUGAGGAACAAGUUGACAACCUGAUGUAUUUCCAUUUCCGAAGAUGCUACCUAUGAACCAUAAUCAACUCUUGCAUUUUUAGAAGUUGGUAUUCUCCGGCAACUCUGUUGUGUCACAUGAAUAUCAAACCAUUCACUGCUGAUGCA